AUGACUUAUCCAAAGAGUAACCCAACUAUGAAACAUGAUUUGCAGUGCAGUCAGAAUCUCCCGGCGGAAUCCAAGAGCCUGCUCGCAGAGAUGGGAAUGUCAAGCUUGUCUGACCUGUUUCGGAUAUUGGAAGAAUGCAAUGUGUCCGCCCCAACUCCAAUAUGUUCUGUAUAUGCGUAUGCAGACGCACCGGAUCAUCCGGCACCUCUUUCAAGGAGCUUGACGAUCUGUGGAGUUGCUGAUAGUGCAAUAAGUCUUGUUCGAAAAAUCAUGUCCGAUGAUGCGUUACCAGAUGGUUUGUGCAAAUCCACAAUUGCAGUGCAACUGGCGGAUAAAAGUCACUUCUCACUUUUAGAACCACGACACCAGAAGAACUCCACCAUAUUUGCAAGAUUCAUGAAGCGACUGAGGAAGGAGAAUUCGGUGGGAGUCAUUUCAAAGGACAAAUAUAAUCGCUUUGGACUUCUUGUUCCUAUGACGAAAGAGGGCCGUGAUGAGACUCUUGUAGACUCUGAGGAUUGCGCCGCUUUCCUGUACACAAGCACUCUUGAAGAUGUGCGCGAGGCAUUUAGUGGUGCGCGACACCAAGAAGUGAUGGCUGUUGAACAAUCUGGAGGCGAAAGUCUCUGGCAGCCUCCCGCAGGCGAGGUAAUUGGGGGAGAAGAAACUUUAUGGAGGCCUCCUACUACAGAGGACGAAGCAGCAACAAGCACGGCAGGAGAUUCUUGGCAACCACCUGGCUCCGACACGAACCCAUGGAAUACUUGUGAAACAGGGGCGGCGACGACAGAGAUAUGGGGCCCAGACUCUGAUCAACACACUAGUGGAACUAAACGAGGGCUGGAUGAAGUUUGUGAUGAGAAAGACGGGAGUAUCCAAGAUACCAAUUUCCACGUCGAUACUGGCGCGGCAGCUGCCGAUGCAUUUUACUCUGGGCUGACUAGAAACCUGGACACUCGUGCAGACUCUCGUUUGUAUCAUAUGCGUGCUUUCAACGGCUGGGUAAAGGCUACCCAAAUUUCUGAGCUGAAUCCCCGGGUAGCUAUCAAUGGCGCUGUCCAGCCAAUGCGUCCUCUUCGAGUUCUGGACUUGGCUUGUGGGAAAGGCGGAGACUUGACAAAAUGGAGUUUGCAUCAGCGUGGCAUGAGCAACUACUGCGGAAUUGAUGUUGCCCGUGGUUCAUUAAAAGACGCCGCGAUUCGUAUUCGCGAGAUGAGGAACCGGAACAAAUUACAAAUGACAAAGACUACACUUAUAUGCGCAGACUUGGGCGCAGAUGUUCCUGGGCGAAAGAAGGCAUCGACUCAUAGGAACAUGCAGAAGCUAUUGUCUUGGAGUCUCCAAGAGGAAUCUGAGUUUGAAUCAAAUCCUCCAGAGUUCAAGAUGGUGCGUGGCGGGGGUAUUGAAGCCGAAACGUUCGAUGUGGUUUCAAUACAGUUCGCGAUUCAUUACAUGAUGUCAACAAAUAGGCGUGCACGGCGCUUUUUUCACACUGUUAGCGAAUUGCUUGAUGUUGGAGGGAAUUUGAUUUGCACCACAAUCGAUGCUAGAGUUGUGGUUGGUCAUCUUUUGAACUUGGGCUUGGAUUACCACUUCGACAGAGAUGACGAAAUCGAUAUUCGUGCAGUGGUUCAGGCUGGGGCUGGUGCUUGUAGAAUCACUUUUGAACCCGAGAUUGUGAGACGCAUUGUUAAAUCGCACAGUUCGAAUUCUGAUGAGGACCUUUUCGGGCUGCAGUAUACGUUCACUCUAGUCGAAGGAUCUGAUCAUAAAGCAGGCGUUGGGGAUGCUGUCAACCUGCCAGAAUGGCUGACACCGAUACCUGUCUUAGAGGCUCUUGGAAAAGAAGCGGGUUUAGAACUAGAAUACGCUGAAAACUUCCAUGAAUUCUACGAGAAUCGCAAUGAAGAACCAUCCGCACGGAAUGCUUUGUACAAUAUGCGUGUUCUGAAUCGGAAUGGUACCAUAACAGAAGAAGAAUGGAGCAUAUGCAGGUUGUAUGCAGCAAUAAGAUUUCGAAAAGUCCGUGAGUCUACUAUCAACCUCGACGAGGAAGAAGAAACCAAUCACGAUGACAGUGAGGAAGAGGAGGAAGUCAAAAUCGACCCAAUAGAAGAGAAGAAAAAGCUGCCGAUGGCCAUGAUGAAGGCGAAGAAGGCAGCCGGAGAUGAGAAAUGGAAAGGAUUCUCGAGCGAGCAGAAGAAACGCUUGACUCAGAUCGAGUUGAAGAAACUUCUUAACCUAUAG